CGUGCUCUUCUGUUCUCUCCUCAGACCUCAACUCUCUCUUCUCUCUUCUCACUUUAUUCUUCACUCACUCACCCUUCCAACACCAACACCAACAUGUUUAUGCUUCUUAGGGUUUCUUUACCUUCUACAUUUUAACCUUCCUUAUCUAUUUCUAUUCCUUCCUUCUACUUCAAGCUCCUUCGCUCUUUCUCUUUCUUUUUCAAACUUCCUUCUAUUUUUCUCUUCUUUCUUUCUUUUUUUUUUCCCGGAUUCUUCUCACCUUUCGAAGAAACAAUAAAGAGAGAGAGGGGACAGUGAGUGGGGUGUGCGGGGUUUGGUUCUAUCUUAGCUGGUAGAAGAAACGAGCGUUUCCUGUUAACAAUUUGGAGCCAUUCGCUGCAAUUUCAAUGAAAGAGAGUUUCUUUCUUUCUCUCUCUCUGUCUCUCUCUCUUCGCUUUUAUUUUUUAUUGUCUGAGCUGGUUCCACGGUAGCGGAACUUCAGAGAGUGGAAGGAACCAAUUACGGUGGUUGCACAAACUUACACACUCCUUUGCUGUCUCUAUUCGUUUCUUUCCCCUUUAACGUUACCCGCUUUGAGUUUUCUUAUGUCAAGUUACCGCCUUUACUAGUACCAACAUCAACCACACCCCCCUUUUCAUUUUAUUUUCAUUUUCUCCUUAUCGUUGAGAGUGACUGAGUGUGUACUUUGGGAAGAGCGAAACAUGGCUAUGGCUGUGGCUCAACACAGGGAGAGUAGCAGCAGUGGGAGCAUUGACAAACACCUAGAUGCUGGCAAGUAUGUGAGGUACACUGCUGAGCAAGUCGAGGCUCUUGAAAGGGUCUAUGCUGAGUGCCCUAAGCCUAGUUCUCUCAGGAGACAACAAUUGAUCAGAGAGUGCCCCAUUCUCUCCAACAUCGAGCCUAAGCAAAUCAAGGUGUGGUUCCAGAACCGAAGGUGUAGGGAGAAGCAGAGAAAGGAGGCUUCUCGGCUUCAGACUGUGAACCGCAAACUCACUGCAAUGAACAAGUUGUUGAUGGAGGAGAAUGAUCGGUUGCAGAAGCAGGUGUCACAGCUGGUGUGUGAGAAUGGGUAUAUGAGGCAGCAGUUGCAUACUACAUCAGCAGCAACUACUGAUGCUAGUUGUGAUUCGGUGGUUACCACUCCUCAGCAUACCAUGAGAGAUGCUAAUAACCCUGCUGGACUCCUAUCAAUUGCGGAGGAGACCUUGACAGAGUUCCUUUCAAAGGCUACGGGAACUGCUGUAGAUUGGGUCCAGAUGCCUGGGAUGAAGCCUGGUCCGGAUUCGGUUGGGAUCUUUGCCAUUUCACAAAGUUGCAGUGGAGUGGCAGCUCGAGCCUGUGGUCUUGUUAGUUUAGAACCUACGAAGAUUGCAGAGAUCCUUAAAGAUCGUCCAUCUUGGUUCCGGGACUGUCGGAGCCUAGAAGUUUUUACUAUGUUUCCUGCUGGAAGUGGAGGAACCAUUGAACUCGUUUACACACAGACAUAUGCUCCAACGACACUGGCUCCUGCCCGGGAUUUCUGGACUCUGAGAUAUACCACAAGUUUGGAAAAUGGCAGUCUUGUGGUUUGUGAGAGGUCCCUGUCUGGUUCUGGCUCGGGCCCUAAUCCAGCUGCUGCUGCUCAGUUUGUAAGGGCUGAAACGCUCCCUAGUGGUUACUUGAUUCGACCAUGUGAGGGUGGAGGAUCAAUCAUUCACAUAGUAGACCACCUAAAUCUUGAGGCAUGGAGCGUCCCUGAAGUGUUACGGCCACUUUAUGAAUCAUCAAAGGUGGUGGCUCAGAAAAUGACAAUUGCGGCACUUCGCUAUAUCAGGCAAAUAGCUCAGGAAACAAGUGGUGAAGUGGUUUAUGGGUUGGGCAGGCAGCCUGCUGUCCUACGGACUUUCAGCCAGAGACUGAGCAGAGGCUUUAAUGAUGCUGUAAAUGGAUUCAAUGAUGAUGGAUGGUCUGUAUUGAACUGUGAUGGUGCUGAGGAUGUAAUUAUUGCAGUUAAUUCAACCAAGAACUUGAGUGGAACUUCUAAUCCAGCAAGUUCCCUUACAUUCCUUGGAGGAAUUCUCUGUGCAAAAGCUUCUAUGUUGCUUCAAAAUGUCCCCCCUGCAGUUUUGGUUCGUUUUCUGAGGGAGCACCGCUCAGAGUGGGCCGAUUUCAAUGUUGAUGCUUAUUCUGCUGCGUCACUAAAAGCUGGAACCUAUGCAUAUCCAGGGAUGAGGCCUACAAGAUUCACUGGCAGUCAAAUAAUAAUGCCUCUUGGUCAUACUAUUGAACAUGAAGAGAUGCUUGAAGUUAUUAGGCUUGAAGGCCACUCUCUUGCUCAAGAAGAUGCGUUUGUUUCUAGGGAUAUUCAUCUCUUACAGAUAUGUAGUGGAAUUGAUGAGAAUGCUGUGGGGGCUUGUUCUGAGCUCGUAUUUGCUCCAAUUGAUGAAAUGUUCCCUGAUGAUGCUCCUCUAGUUCCUUCUGGGUUCCGCAUUAUUCCAUUAGAUUCAAAACCAGGUGACAAAAAGGAUAUAGUUGCUACAAAUCGGACCUUGGAUUUGACUUCAGGUUUUGAAGUAGGACCAGCAACAACUACUGGUGCAGAUGCAUCAUCAAGUCAGAACACUCGUUCAGUGUUGACCAUUGCCUUCCAGUUCCCUUUUGACAGCAGUUUGCAAGAUAAUGUUGCAGUCAUGGCACGACAAUAUGUACGCAGCGUGAUUUCCUCGGUGCAGAGGGUUGCCAUGGCUAUAUCUCCCUCAGGUAUAAGCCCAGCUGUUGGAGCAAAACUUUCUCCUGGUUCUCCAGAGGCUGUUACACUGGCUCACUGGAUCUGCCAAAGUUAUAGUUACUAUUUAGGGUCUGAUUUACUGAGAUCAGAUUCUCUUGUUGGUGACAUGAUGCUGAAACAUCUGUGGCAUCAUCAGGAUGCUAUUCUAUGCUGUUCACUGAAGUCAUUGCCAGUGUUCAUAUUUGCAAAUCAAGCAGGCCUUGACAUGUUGGAAACAACUCUAGUGGCCUUACAAGACAUCACAUUAGAUAAAAUAUUUGAUGAGUCUGGACGCAAGGCAUUGUGUACAGACUUUGCCAAGUUAAUGGAGCAGGGUUUUGCAUAUCUGCCAGCUGGAAUCUGCAUGUCGACGAUGGGGCGGCAUGUAUCCUAUGAUCAAGCCAUUGCAUGGAAAGUGCUCACCGGAGAAGACAACACUGUUCACUGCUUGGCUUUCUCUUUCAUAAAUUGGUCAUUUGUAUGAAAAAACCAGUUAAUGUGCCCUGCUUUUUCCCACUUGAACAUAACAAACGAAAGGGUCAAAAGGGAAACAAACAGACAAAUUUGGAGGGAAAAAGAAAUCCUAAAUUUUUGUAUAACACAGGAUCAGGCUUGCAUUUAAUUCGAUUUAAUUUAUUUCUUAUUUAGUGCAGAGACCAAAUUGAAUUAAUCUUGUAAAUUAUUUAGUGCUAGAUUGAAGUUGAGACAUACUCUGUUUUUGUCUCUAGUACUGUUUGGUCUCCAAAAACAGAGGACCUGUGUCAUGUUUCUUACACAAUCACAGUUUGACUUUUGUCACCAACA